AACCAGCUCCCCUACCAGUCCGGACAUCCCGAUAGGACAUCAGCCAACCGGGGGGAAGGGCCGAUCCUAACUCCCAUGACGCACUGUGUUUCAUCACCCACGCUGCCCUGCGUGCAUCACUUCCAAAGCAUUCUAAACCAGGGCGUGAUGGGAUUGGUAGUCUUCGAGUGAAUACACUUGCAAGACCCAUGACUCCAUGAGGAAAUUAACCCUCUGCCUCAACUGCUCUCCUGUCCCAUAAGAAGGACUGUCAGUUGAUUUCCGUAAGGAUCUAACCAAACGAACAAUGCCUGAAAUAAAUGUCGUCAGUCUUUAAGAGGCCACUCUGUGGGCGGCUUGGCCGUGGCUUCUAACCGUCCUAUCGUAUCUGCCACGCCCCCUAUUGUCGCUUCAUUACUGCGCGCAGGCGCUUGUUAACAAUAGUCCCGAAGCCUAGAAGAAAUCGUUACGGCGCUCCUUAUUCCCGAAGGGUGACUGCGUAGAUUCUGGAGGAGUGGAGAGUAGCGGGGCUGAGCGAAAGGGGCGUAGCCUUUGCUAUGGCAGGGUCGCGCGGCUGCUUGUUGUCAGUCCCAGGCAGCGGGUUAUGGCGACUGCAGUGAAUGAAUUCUCCGGGCGGCGGGAGAGGGAAGAAGAAGGGCUUAGCCGGCUCCAGUUCUCCGACCCGGGCCGCCGGGGCCUCCCCUUCGCCCUCGUCCGCAGCCGGGCCGGCUCCCUCCGUCCAGCACCAGCAGGCGGCGGUGGCCUCUCCUCACAAGCGGAACCUUUACUACUUCUCCUACCCGCUCUUCGCCGUCUUCGCGCUGCUUCGCUUCCUGGCCUUCCAGCUCGGGCUGCUCUUCGCCUGGCUCUGCGAACGCCUCUCUCGCGGCGGGGCGCUCAUGGCAGCCGCCAAAGGCACCGCCAGCAGGACCGGCGCCGGCGACGCGCCCGAGACGGUGAGAGCCUGUCACAAGCGCGCCUUCGAGUGCAUCUCCACGGCGCUGCGCAUCGACGAGGACGAAGCAGGACAAAAGGAACAAGCUGUUGAAUGGUACAGAAAAGGAAUUGAAGAACUGGAGAAAGGAAUAGCUGUACUAGUUACAGGUCAAGGUGAUCAUUAUGAACGAGCUCGACGUCUCCAAUCUAAAAUGAUGACAAAUUUGGCAAUGGCCAAGGAUCGUUUGCAGCUGUUAGCGAAGAUGCAGGCAGUUAAGCAAAUUCCCAAGCCGCAAAUGGAAGUCUAUAGUGACAGUACUAACCUGGUAUGCCGCAAUGGACAUCUCCAGUCAGAAAGUGGAGCUGUUCCAAAAAAGAAGGAUCCACUGACUCAAACUAGUAACUCCCUCCCUCGUUCAAAGUCUGUGGCAAAGCCUGGAGCUGUGGGCCUUUCAGGGCACCAAAGGACACCUAGUUAUAGUGGAAUAUCCAAUUUCCCUGUGCCUAGACAGGGACCAGCUCCAGCAACUUCAACUCAGAAGCUGAAAGAAACCAAUGCAAAAGCAGGAAAAACAGCUAAAUUGUUGACAAAAGUUGAUGAUGAGACAAAAGCGUUGAAGCAGAGACUGGAGGCAGUGGAAAAAGCGAAAGACUCUGAGAAACAACAAUUAUUAUUACUCCAAAUGGAAAAAAUCUUCAUAUAUCCUGAGAUUUCAGGGUAUUCUGGAGCAAAAAGUGUUUUCCAUGGAAUAUUCUUUAAGGAGAAUAAAGAAAAGAUAGACUCUGUUGCAAAAGCUAAAGCAUUUCUGGAGAAACAUCAAAAAACUGAGAAAGUGGAAGACGACAACGCAGAGACAGACAGUAGUGAAAACAGAUCUGGGCCAUCUGUCAAAUUUGAUGAUAUCGCUGGGCAGGAGCUAGCAAAGCAGGCACUGCAAGAAAUUGUUAUUCUUCCAUCUCUUAGACCUGAGUUGUUUACAGGGCUCAGGGCUCCUGCACGUGGAUUGUUGUUGUUUGGCCCACCAGGAAAUGGAAAGACAAUGCUGGCGAAAGCAGUGGCUGCAGAAUCGAACGCAACGUUUUUUAAUAUAAGUGCAGCUAGUCUGACAUCAAAAUAUGUUGGUGAAGGGGAGAAAUUGGUGCGUGCCCUUUUUGCAGUGGCCAGAGAACUUCAGCCUUCUAUAAUUUUUAUAGAUGAAGUUGAUAGUCUCUUAUGUGAAAGAAGAGAAGGUGAACAUGAUGCCAGCAGACGUCUAAAAACAGAAUUUUUAAUAGAGUUUGAUGGUGUACAGUCUUCUGGAGAAGACCGAAUACUUGUGAUGGGAGCAACUAACAGGCCACAGGAGCUUGAUGAUGCUGUUCUCAGACGAUUCACCAAGCGGGUAUAUGUAUCUUUACCAAAUGAAGAGACACGAUUGCUUUUACUAAAAAAUCUCUUGAGCAAGCAAGGAAAUCCAUUAACCCAAAAAGAGCUGGCACAGCUAGCUAGAAUGGCAGAAGGAUACUCGGGGAGUGACUUAACAGCAUUAGCAAAAGAUGCAGCUCUUGGCCCUAUUAGAGAACUAAAGCCUGAGCAAGUGAAGAAUAUGUCUGCCAGUGAGAUGAGGAACAUCAGAUUGUCAGAUUUCACUGAGUCCUUGAAGAAAAUAAAGCGUAGUCUCAGUCCUCAGAGCCUGGAAGCUUAUAUUCGUUGGAACAAGGAUUUUGGAGAUACGACAGUCUGAUACACAGUCUUGUAAAAUAAAGGGAGAAUGAUGCCAGCAAGGGACAGUUGAUUCAAACUGCUGCUGGAAGGCAGCCAGAGUUUACAGGACCUCACAGAUUCCUACUUAUCUGCACAGAAAUGAGGCUGAUUUUAAGGGGGAAAGCAAAUAGAAUUGUCGAUCAGGAUCUCCUAGCCUUUAAUAUUCGGAUUUAUACAUGGGGCACUGUAACAGCACAAUAAAGAUGUUGGAGGAAAAACUCUAGCUGUUAAGUGAUCGUAGGAAAUGUAAUUGGUGUACUUUGUUGCUGACUGAAAUAUUAUGGCAUUAUCCAUUAGAAAAUGGCAUUAUCCAUGGGGGGAAAUGCUUUUUAUUUUCUCAUGACAUUUUUUGAUUUUCUGUUUGUUAGCUUCUAAUUGUAAAGUCUGUUUUCUCGACCUGUACAUCUAUAAUGUGCCAAAUUAAAAUACACUUGAUAGAUCAAGUAGAAUAGUAUUGGGCAUAGCAUUAUUUUUUUAAAAUUCUGCAGUUUAAUGGAGCUGGUCUGUUACUUUUUGUUCUAAUGGAACUUAGGAAAAGAUAUGUGACCACCAAGCAGUAAUGACUGGUGAACCCAACUGCAAUAUCAAGUGGCUUAGAGUUUCCAGACUUGUCAUUCUUUUCCUGCAAUAUUUCUCUGGUAUUGUAGAUUUGUAGCCCAAGAUAUAUGAGUAAUGGUAUUGACUGUCAAAAGAACUGCAAUGUUUCUUCUUGGUAUUAGUUUCAGACAUAAAAUGACUGAAAGCCAGAGAAGUUGCCACUCUGGAAAUCUUUUAAUCUAUGCAAGUGAUCAUGGCUAUGGUUACUUGUUUAAAUAUGUUAGUCUUUUAUACCUUUCAUAUAGUACUUCAGUUUGUAGACUGUAUUCUGCAAAAGACUCAACUGACUUUUAAAAAGUGC